AGGUCUCCUCCGAUGUGUCAUUCACCCGUUCUGGAAAGAAAUGCCAGAAUCACUAGAGUGGAUUUGGACACAGAUCGACAGUUCUAUGAUAGCGGGAAUAUUUGUUCUCCUAAUUCAUCCAGAGGUCAUAAUUGUCCAUCAAGCGCUUCACCUUAUAGUUCUCCAGUUCCAUUAAGGUGCCGUGCUGCUCGGUUGCAACAAGUGACAGAUGAUAAUAGUACACUUGACCUUUAUGUAGAUGGAGAGCAGCAGGCUGUUGUUGAACCCAAAAAAGAUUCUCAGAACUAUUUUUGUGAUAGUCGAAAUGAUGGCUACUUUGGUGAGAAUAAAAUAGAAUCUAAUUUUGGAAGACCACCUACAGGUCUAUCUACAGCGCCAUCUUCACCCACUUAUGAUAAGGAGAAUCUCAGGACAUACUCAUUCAGGGAAGUGAAAGAUUUCCGCCGGCAUCUGCUUACACGAGAUCGAGCUGGUGAUAGUGUCAGGCCGCGAUUAUCACAUAAGCAGUCAAAAACAAAACUUGAGAAGCUACUACAAGCGCUUCGUGUGAAAUCUUUAUCUAAAACGCAGGAUUUUGACUCUGAAACCACUACUACAGUAGAAGAUAUUUAUGUUGAUUCAGUAGAUCCUCAACCUACUUCUGAUUCGUCCGGCACUUCCAGUCAGCGCUUCACUGAUUUUACUAUACCUUAUGAAAGUGAUUAUUCUACAGAGGGACCAUUCUCUGAUCGGCAAAGUUGUUCCUGUGAAAAAGGAUCAAUGGGUUUACAAAAUGGUAAUUUGCCAAGUACUGAGCUGCUAAAACAGAAUUCAGAUGAAGAGUUACUUGAAAAGGUGAAAGAGGUAGAACAUAUGCUGACCAUUGUGUCUAAUGAAGAUCUGGAGCUAAAAAGGCUACGUCCUAGCACUUUAGACGCAUCUGCAUUAUUUGAAAUGACUAAGAACAUUGCUCAAGACAGGAGAAAUUUGGUCCUUGAGCUCUCUUCACAAAUAAAAUCUCGAAUUGCUGAGAGAUAUUCCACUAGAGAAGGACUAAAACAUGCCAAGUUCGAGCUGGAUACCCGAACCAGAAGACUGCAACAGGAAAAGAAUGAAUUGCAGUCUAGUUUGGAGAAAGAGUUGGACAGAAGAUCAACUGACUGGUCCAUGAAGCUUGAAAAGUUUCAAUCUGAGGAGCAGAGACUAUGGGAACGGGUAAGAGAGCUAGCAGAGCAAAAUGUGUCUUUGCAAAGAGAAAUUUCUUCACUGAAAGGCAAUGAAGAAGCUACUAGAAGCAGGAUAAUAAAUUCUGAAAUGGAAGUGAAUGAUCUGGCAUCUAGUUUGGAAGAAGCAAGAACAGAAAACCAUAAUCUCCAUCAGGCCUUAGCAGAGCUGCAGGAGCGCUUUAAAGGGGCUGAAGAGGAUCUGGAUUGCAUCCGACAAAACUAUAAGGUUAAAGAGAAGGAGACUAAAGAGUUGCAAAAGGUGGUCGUGCGCUUGCAGAAGAUGUGCAAUGAACAAGAUAAGACUAUCAAUGGGCUGAGACAGGCAUAUUCCACUGAAAUUGCAAAAAAUCCUACUGAUAGAGAUGAAAAAUUAAGUAGGUUGCAGAUGGAGCAAGUGAGAUUGACGGGUGUGGAGCUGAUGCUGCGUAAGGAGGUAGAGUCUUGUACAAAUAAACUAGACACUCUCAGGCGUGACCACAUUUCCCUACUAAAUCGUUUACGAGAUAAUAGAAAUGGCAAUGGAUUUAUCUCAGUAAAGCUUGAUCAGGAGCUACGUGACAGGGUGGACUAUUUGCAGGGUCAGGCCCUUUCAUUAUUGACUGAGCAUAGUCAGUUUUUUACCAAGUUGCUAGAUCUCAUAAAGUGCAAAAAGUAUGAAAAUGUCGAAGAAGCUAAGGACUUUGAUGGCUACUUAGUUGGUGAAUACUCUCUUAAAUAUCAGAGUCUAAGGCGAGGAGUUGAAAAUUUUAGAAGAAGUUUGUUGACAGUUGCAGCAAUAGCAGAUGAGAAGUUUAAGGUAGAAGCAUUGGAGUGUCAGUCACAAACUGCAGAAUCUUCCAUUUUAAGGCAAUCUAGGACUCAGAAUUCAGAGGAUGAAGUGGAACUUGAAUUGAAGGCGGAAAACCUGCUUACUAGAUUGUUGCGAGAGAAGCUGUGUUCGAAAGAGCUGGAACUUGAGCAGUUACAAUCAGAGUUUGCAUCUUCAGUACGGACUCAUGAUGUCCUACAAGCUGAGAUCCAGAGGCUACAGGAUGAACUAUCUUGUCUCACUCAUAAGGCUAAGGAUAUGGAGCUUCAGAUGAUCAGCAAAGAGGAGAGUGGCAAGCAACUCCAGCAAGAUCUUCAAGAGUGCACAAAGGAACUAACUGCAACCCGUGGUGUGCUCAUGACGGUUUCUGAGGAAAGGGAUCAUAUAUGGGAGGAAGCGAAGCAUUCGCGAGAAACAAUCAUGCUUCUCAAUCUUGAGGUUAAUUCUCUGAAAAUGAAAAUUGAAGCCCUUGACGAAUGUGUUCUGAUCAAGGAGGGGGAGAUUACCAUCUUGAAAGAUAGCCUCGUUGACAAACCGUUUGAUGCCAUCUGUAGCCCGAAAUCAGUCAAAGAAUUCUCGCUAGAAUAAGUUCGAGGCAUUUGUUGAAACGUUUUAAUUGAGAGUUCAUUCAUCUGGUUGUUGGUGUUCAAACCUUCUAUAUAAGCAUAUUACUUCUGCUUGAAGUUCUUAUUACUUUCUUAAAGAAGAAAAAGUAUAUUUUUUCGGACUUGCAGGAAGCAUUGGUGUUAUUGGGUGUGUGUAUAUAGAUGAUACUCCUGUGUGGCAAUGUCAAAAUAAAUCAGGUUCAUUUUCUAUGCUUUUGAGAGAUUUGGACAAUUGUUUUCUUUGGUAAGACAUGUUGAUGAAUAAUCUCUCUCGCUUAUAUUUUUCCCAAACUCGUGUAGGUAUUUUA